AUGAUUCGAAAUCGCACUCGUAGUCAAGUGAAACGAGCGGCCGCCGAGAAGCGGAGCAAACAAAACCACGACCGUCCUUCUUUUCGAGCCUCGAGGUCUUCUCCGGAGGAAAUCUCUUCUUCUGAGACCUCUCCAGUACACUCGCCGGAGAGAUCUGCUGCUGCCCCAACUGAGAAUGGGUCGGUUCCAUCAAGUGCUGAAUCUUUAGCAAUUUGGAACCGCAUUCGUGAACAGCGACUCCUGUCAAAUGCCGAGGCUAGGCGUCAUGCUUACCGCCGCCACACAGAGACUCUGGAGGAACAAUUUCCGUCUCAGUUCGCUCGGCCGGACAAUCCUCUCAGUUUCCGUUUUCUCAACCAACACUGUCAGUCUAGGUUCUUCAAGAUUCAACAUCGCUCUAUUUAUCCUGAAAAAUCUGUGUUUUUCUCAACACCGGAGAGUAAAGGAAUCAUGGAUAUCAUUGAAGAAAAUGGGCUGUUACUCACUGUGAGUGAUCGGGAAGUGUUCUAUCCAAAUGUGGUGUAUGAAGUCUACGCACAUCUCACCAGCACGGUUAGGACGGAGAGACCGGAUUUGAUUUAUGUUCGUGGCAAAAUGUAUGAAUUCUCGCCGGCGAUUAUUAACAAAACGUUCAACACUCCUGACAUCCCGGCUCAUACUACAUCUGAAUUUCAUCUGGAUAUUUCGGAUCACGCUCUCGUUCAGUACCUCACCGGCGAUCGUAUUCAUCAUUGGACUAAGUUCAAUACCUCAAUGCUCACUCCGGAAAUGGGUCAUCUCUAUGGGAUCUGCUGCUACAACUGGAUGCCGUCUUCGAAUAACACCAAUGUCACCAAAGAUCGCGCUAAACUUCUGUACAAGCUAGCCAACAGGAUUCCAUUCAACUUUGGAAAGCUUGUCUACGAUCAAAUCAAGGCUGUCGCCGUGACAAUGACGGUCAAAGGGAUCGUUCCCUUCCCGUCUCUCAUCUAUCAAGUGCUCCGCUUUCAAAAAGAGAUUCUCUCUGUUGCGAAUGAACACAUGGUGCCUCCGCUUGCUGAGUUCCAACUUGAUGACCGACGUGGACAUGUCAGACAGCAGACCCCUGCUCCAGCAUUUGUUUUUGGACGCUCUCUCAUUGCAGACUUGAGGCAUACAUCAACUCUCCUUCUUGACAUCGCCAAACGCUUUGAAGGGGGAGAUUAUGGUGAAGCUUUGCUUGGUUCUGCUUUCGAUAAGUCUCAAGCGGAGCUUAGUGGAGAGAAAUCCCCUUGA